AUGACUAAAUCAUACGCAUUUUAUGAUGUUGUUGACAAACAUGGCACUUGGCAUGUGCAGUGCGAAUGGUUUAAUGAAACAGUGGAUCUGGAGCAAGAGACAGGUGUCCAGUAUGGCAUCAUUACCAUUACCAACUUACAGGAUUACUGGCAGCAUACCAUUGACCGUGAUGUGCUGUUACAAAGCUUUCCAGUGUCGAAUGCAUUGAUCAAAGAGCAGAGAAACAAUGUGCUUACAGCAGCAUUUUUAAGUGUAGAAUCAUUGAACGGAAGUAAAUUGGAAUGGAAGAUUAGCUUGCAGGAACAUGGUGAAUUACAAAUGCGAUUACGAACAUUUGAUGGCGACAUUCCACUUACUGCUGGAUCAUUUUUAUUAAAGAAAGCGCCCCAAGACACCUAUCAACAUUUGCAUAAAUUAUGGUUUACAAACACGGCUACUGCAUCGUGCGCUUCCACCGAAGUCAACAAGGCAUUGCAGCAGCGUAUUACAGACAUCACAAAGACCAACAAGGAGCUCAAAGAAACCAUUGAGUCACUGAUCAUCAAGGAAAACAAAAACAAGUUUGUCAUGAUUGACAAAUUUGUGCGAUUGCUGAAUCGCAAGAAACAAAAGAAUUUCAGCCUGGAACAUCACAUCAAGAAGCAAGACGAAACCAACAAGAAAUUAGAAAAGACAAUCAAAAAGCUGACUGAAGAGAACAAGGAGUUGAAGAAACGUAAACGAGAUGAGAGAGAAGACGACAUGGAGGUGCACAUGGUCAGUCAGAGGAUCACAAAGCAGCAAAGAAUUGUCAAGGAAGAGACACGAUCAUUACCUUUGCCAGCUGUAGUGCAUGAUGAAGAGGACGGCAGCUCAGACUAUUAUGGUUCAGAUGAUGACAUUGAUUGCCCUCAGACUGUUCGAUAA